AAAAAAAACCGACACCACAACCAAAGUCAUUGGAGGCAGGCACAACUUAUCUCUUAAGCUAUCUUCUUGAGUCUCUCACAGAGAGAGAGAGAGAUGGCCGCAAAGAACUCGUCAUUUAAGAUAAUACUGGGUUCAUCUUCAAUGGCUCGUCGACAAAUUCUAGCCGAGAUGGGGUACAAGUUCGAAAUCCUGACUGCAGACAUCGAUGAGAAAAGCAUCAGAAGGGAAAAACCAGAAGAAUUGGUAAUGGCUCUAGCUGAGGCAAAGGCAGAUGCCAUCAUAUCAAAGCUCAAAAUUACAAGUCAAGUGGAGGAUGAUGCUUACUCUACACUGUUGAUUACUGCCGACACAGUGGUCGUAUAUGAAGGGGUGAUCAGAGAAAAACCAUCAAGCAAGGAAGAAGCGCGCCAAUUUAUUAAAGACUAUUCUGGUGGUCAUGUUACAGUGGUGGGAUCUGUACUAGUAACUAACCUUGUUACAGGUACCAGAAAGGGAGAAUGGGACAGGGCAGAGGUUUAUUUCCAUGACAUACCAGAUGAAGUCAUUGAUAGCCUGGUCGAGGAGGGAGUUAUGCUCAAUGUUGCUGGAGGCUUGAUGCUUGAACAUCCACUGACAUUGCCUUUUGUUGACACGGUGGUAGGGACAGUUGAUUGUGUUAUGGGUCUUUCAAAAACUUUGACGGAAAAGCUUAUUCAGGAAGCCCUUUAGCUGCUGUUAGUACUGCUAAUGUUUGGAUCUUGUUAAACUUCAUCAACAGACUUUUUUUUGUGAAAUUGGACGCUAUGUGAUGUGUUUUGUAGCGUAGUGAAGUUUACAUGACAAAUAGCUUAUUAAUCUACUGCAGCACACUGAAUCUAUGUUAGUGUGUUUUCCAAAUACAAGUGCUUAUAUAUAGUACGACGUUACUGUC